AUGAACGACAGUCUGGACCAUGAGUCCACGAACGAGUGCCCAAAUAUCAAAGAUCGUGUGCGGCAGGCCUACUCUGAAGCCGGUGUGAAGACAUGGCAAGCCAUCGGCCGGACACAGACGAGCAAGAAUCAUGAAACUUGCAGCAUAGCGAGAUGCGUUGCGAACGACAUAGCGCACACCGACGAAAGACCAUGGCAUACUCAAGCAGAUUGCACCUGUGAAUGCGACGGGCCUGAGUCCGGAGAAUUGCUCUCCCUGAUAGAGCAAGGAUGCCUGCCAGUCGUUGGCUUCGACGAUCAAGAUAUCGUACUUGAUGCCUGGACGCCUAACAUCCCCAUUAUUGCAAUAUCCCACGCUUUGAGCGAUGGCCUGUGCAAUCGAAGAGAGAACAAGUUACCAAAGUGUCAGCUCCGCAGCUUGAGAGACUGCACGACUGCUGCAAUCUCGAGGCUGGGCUAUCCAGAGGGCUCUCCUUUCCGGGUCUGGAUCGAUGUUCUAUGCAUACCAGCCCGCGAGGUGCAACCUAGCGGGACCAGCGAGGUUGCUGUACAAGCCAUGCAGAUGGUGGCGAACGCAGCUGCGGCGGUACUUGUCGUCGACUCUGACGUCUCGCGGCUCCCAAAGGACUGCUCGUAUGAACAGGCCAUCUUCAGCAUCUUGUACUCGAGCUGGAACAGUCGACUGUGGACUCUGUAUGAGGCAAUACGUGCCAAGCGGCUGCUGUUCCAGUUUGCAAAUGGAGUGCUGGACUUGGACGACAUCGAGAGCAAACGUGGAGAUGUUGUGAACGGCCCGUCGAACCAUUCCGCUCUAUCCUUGCCUUUUCGAGAGCUGCACUCUCGAUUGUGCAAUGGACCCACGAACCUUGCGGAUAUCUGGCCAUCGGUGUACGCAUCCUUGCGAGGACGACGCACGAACUUCCUGAAAGACGCUUGUGUCAUCUUUAGGAUGCUGUUUGGGACAUCGUCAGGCCAGGCAUACCCAGAGAUAGUCAACACUCCCGACGCACUGAGCGAUGAGCAGAUGAUGGCCUUCUGUCAGCAACUGAUCCAACAAUUCCAGUCACAGGAUCAUAAUACAAACCCAACAAUAUGA